AUGUCUCAGGCGCGGGCCCAGGACCCAACCAGGUCCACAACCAUGGACGUCCCUACGCGAUCCGAGCAGGUGGACGUGCCUGAGACAGCGAGCGACCUGCUGGAUCAGGGCCCAUGCGAAGCCGAGCGAGAUCCGGAGGGCGGCCUGUGGUUCUUCCUGAUGGAUGCAGUUGAAGACGACCGAGCCAGCCCGCCCCGAGUCUAUCUUUUCGGCAAGGUGAAGGUCCGCUCGGGCUCGUCAGAGUAUCGCAGCUGCUGCCUCGUGGUUGAGAAACUGGAGCGUUGCUUUCAUUUGCUGCUCAAAGUCGAGGACCCUUCAGACAACGAGUCGGCACAGAUAGCCGCUAAUGCAGCUGCCGGGGAGCUUGAAACGCUGAGAAAGGACAAAUUUCCAAACAUGAAGGUGAUCCGCAGCAAAUUAAAAUUUCGAAAUUAUGCUUUUGAGAAGCCUCUUGGGCAGGCUUUGGGAACCCUGCCUUUUCUGAAAGUUGUUUGCGAUGCGGCAGGCUCUGUGCCGCCAGUUGGCCUGGCAGGUGAUAACUUCACACACAGCUUUGGUAUCCAGGCCAGUCUCCUUGAACGGCUUGUGCUGACCAGACGUCUGAUGGGACCGUCGUGGUACCGACUUCAUCCGGAUUCAUUCAAGGAGGAGCCUGCAAAGCUUUCGCAUUGCGCCACCGAGUUUCGCAUCACGCCGGCUUCGAUUCAGGUGCCCAAGACGGCGACAGAGAAAGCACAGUGGAACUCACACAUGCCAUCAUCAAGCCCUCCCUUGCGAGUCCUGAGUGUGAGCCUGCAGACGUUCCAGCAAACGGCCCAACUGUCGCAUGAAGUCCUUGCAAUCGGUUGCAGCUUGCAUCCAACCGUAAGUGCUGAUGCCUCUGCAAGUGAGUCCGACCUUCAGAAUUCGCGACGAACUUGGGCAGCGAUUCGGAGAUUGGAUGCCAAUCCAUUUCCACGAGAUGCUGAGAAGGCACUCGCUGCUGGUGGCUUCCAUAGCUAUAACAACGAGCUAGCGCUGCUCAAUGCCUUCUUGUUGAAGGUGCAGGAGUUUGAUCCGGACGUGAUUGCAGGCCACAACAUCUUCUCCGUCGAUUUGGACGUCUUGAGCUCGCGGCUACACCAGCUCAAAGUGCAGAAUUGGCACAGGCUUGGGCGCUUGCGUCGUUCGAAGGACCGUGUGCCGCGAAAUGAGGGUCGGCAAGCUCAAGGAUUUUGGGCAGGCACGAAUUUGGCGGCUGGCAGAUUGGUGUGCGACACUGCUCUGCAAGCGAAGGAUUUGCUUCCGAAGCUCGGAUGCUAUGACCUCGCCAACCUGGCGAAAGAGCAGUUGGGAUGUGCAGAUGUGAAGAUUGUCGAGCCUGAAGCGAUUGCCGAGUAUUACGAUUCUGCGAGGACUUUGCUGAACCUGCUCCAACUCAAGACAGUCGAUGCCUACUGCAUAGCUCGGAUCGCACAUUCCUUGCAGAUCCUGACCUCAACCCUCCUGCCGUCGGAGUUCCCCGACAUCAUCCAGUUCUCAAGUGCUGUGUACUACUGCAACGAAGCAGAAGGAAAAGUUGAGGUCGAGGUCUCCAGACUUGGUGAGGAUGACAACCAAUGCCAUGUCGACUAUGAGACUUUCGACAUCUCUGCAGUCUCCGGUGUCAAGUAUGUGGGUCGCAAGGGCACCAUCGCUUUUGAGCCAGGGCAAAUGUCGGUUGUCAUUGAGAUCAAGCUGGUGGAGAACGAUGCCUUCGAGGCCACACUGGAGUUUGGCGUCCGACUGCUCAGGCCUCGCAAUGCUGUUCUCGGCCACUACCUUCACACCUGCAGAGUGACUGUGGCGGAUGAUGACACUUUCCCGACGAACAGGAACGCUGACAAGCUGCGCGAGGAUAGAGCAGCAGAAAUCCAACCAGUGGUGCUGUGGUCGGAAUAUCUCAAGAUGAGCCUCAAGGACCGAAAGGUUAAACUGGCGGCAACCUAUAACCUUCUCACGGAUCAGGUACGGAACUUGGCCUACCUCUGGCAAGUAAUGCUGACCAAGUAUUUGAUCGACCAAGUCCUGGCAGACGAGCCUCAGCCUUUCUUCACGGACCCGAUCAUGCCCCAAGGCAGGGAGGAGCGGGUGUGGCUUACGAUUGCGUUUUCCUUCGUGCCACAUGCAGUUAUGCUGGUGCUGAACCGACUGAAGGCCGAGAGGCGUAUCCAGGGCAUGGUCGUCAAUCAGCUACAAGGCAAUUUGCUGAGGAAGUUCUUGAAUUACAACGAAGACUCGCGCGAUUCUGUGUCGACGUCGGACUUGGCAAUGGCCAUAACCCGUGACGUUCCUGAGUUGGUGGAGCACGGCUUUAUGGGUAUUUUUGAGCUUGUCGAGAACCUCGGCUUGGUCAUCGUGCUCGGUAUCCUCAUGCUGGCGCAGAGUCAGUUGUCGCCGCUGACCCCCAUAUGUUUCUUCCUCAUUCCGCUGGCGAUGCUGAUAUUCAUUUAUAUUCGCCAUCCGGAAACUGAGCGCCGAGACCGCUUGGUUUUUCAGCGACAAACCGAGAUGUUAAUCUUGGUGCACCAAGUGACAGACAACACCCGAUUGAUUACUGACUACUUUCAGCGCCCGACGAUGGUGGUCAGCUUUAACGGACGAGUGGCAGAAUGUAACAAAGCAACCACUCUUGCGACAAUGUUCAGGGUUACAAACUCGGAGUUCGCGCCUUUUAUGACGACCGUCGUCAUAGCUCUCUAUGUCAUUUUCCAUUAUGCGUCUGUGGUGGAGAAGACAAUCACCAUCGGUGAGUUCCUGACGUCCAUAGCUGUAUGGCGAAGCAUUGGCUCAGCUUACCAGAAUGCCUACAAGGACAUGCUGCAGAUCCAACAGGCAGCAGCUCCGCUUCUGAAUGUCAUACACUAUAUGAACCUGCCUGUUGACACGACGGACAGGAUGUUGAUCACAAGGGAAAUGCAAGAGUGUGGCAAGACAGCCCAGAUGAAGGCGCACCAUCAACUUUUCGGUAAGCUUCCGGCAAACUCACCGUUCGUGGAAGAAAGUAGCUGCGUCACUUUCAAUGGAGAGAAGUUGACGGCCAAGUACCCGCAGGAUCUGGUUCAGAUCUAUGCAGACAACAUCAACUUUGCCUACCCUGCACGGACCGGAGGAGGCAUAGACCUGCUGCGGAAUGCCACCUUCAAAAUUCCACAAGGCCAGCUAGUGGCUGUGGCUGGUCCGAAAGGAUGCGGCAAGAAGACUCUUCUGGAGCUCAUUGCCGGCAUUCUGCUACCUACUGGCCACACCAAGCUCUUCGUACCUCCGCACUUGCGGGUUCUGCAUGUGUCCAAAGAUCCGCAGCUGUUGCCAGAGAUCACGCUUUUUGAGAAUCUCACCUUCGGCCCCUCAGAUGGUCAAGAUGAAGAGGAGGAAAGGGUCUUGGCAAUUUGCAGGCGGUUGGGCCUCAGCGCAGAUGCUGUCAAGCUGGUUGAAGCCUCGAUACAAAGACAGGGAGAUGUGAAGAAGUCCAGGGCGGCCGACAAGUUGCGCGUGGUUGAACGCCCGGCAAAGUCGGGUUCUGCGCAGUCGUCGGCACUACGAGAGCUGCAGGAGAAAAACCAAGCCCCUGAAAACAGCCUGCCUUUCACGGAGAAGUGCCUUCUGCACUUAGCAAGAGCUUUAGUCAUGAACCCAGAAGUCCUCAUAUUGCACAAGCCACUGGAGCAUUUCGACUAUGUGUUCGCCCGCCGCGUUGUGGAGAUACUUCGUGAAUUCGUGGACUUGCGGGGUUUGGAGAAGCCGAGAGAAACGCUGCACCUUCGGAGUCCCAGGACGUGCAUCUUUUCUGUCGGUCACUUGGACAACUUGGAAGAUGUGGACACCCUUCUCCAGGUAACCAACAAGCAGGUUGAGGCAGUUGAUCUUGAUUCUCUUUGUCGAUUGAAGCAGGAAGUUGGACAACUCUUUCACGUCUUGGACAAAAAUGUUGACAACCUCUUGGAUCGUGAAGAGUUCAUGGGAAUGGCCGAGGAAGCACCGGCCUCAGUGGAGUUAUUCGGCAUCAAGGAGGGCACCGCAAGCAGCAGCGCAAAACAUGAGCUCAACACGAUCUUCGACAAAGUCGAUGACAGUCAAGGUGGAAAGAUCGAUCAGGAAGAAUUCGUCGCUUUCAUUCGGCUGCAGUUCGAUGACCAAUUGGCGGAGGCGGUGAAGGCUAUGAAGAAUCCCGUGGGCGCAAGUCAAAAAAUCACAGAGAUUCAAGCCCAGAAGGCGAAGCGUAAACAGCUGGAGUUCGCCAACUCACCCGGAUACAAGCACCUGGAUGCGUGGGAUUCGCCUGAGAUCCCUGCCCACACGGCCAUUCUCGGCUUCCCUGUGACUUCCAAGAAGUUGCCAAUCACGGCAGAUAAAACCUUUACAGGUUGUGGUUCGCGGGUGCGGAAGGCUAUCCAUGUUCCUGCGCCCCUAACUCGGCAGCUGACAAGCUUGGCCGGCAAUUUGUGGAAUGGUUCGCUUCAGAACAAGCGAGCCGAGCGCAACGAGCUCUUGUUGUGUCAUGAGUUCCACAGCAAGAAAUUCGUUUUGCCAGACAAAGAAAGCCUUUCGCAAAAGAAGCGGCGUCUCCAAAUCGAAGGUGGACAAGGCAUCUCGGCAGGCUUCGAUGAAGCCGACGAACCUGAAGCACAGGCAACUGGUUCCCGAAAGGGCAAGGUGGCCUACAGUGGAGGCCUCGUCCUGGAGCCGCAGGCACCCGAGAUUGCAACUUGCAGAAGACUAGCAGAUCGCGCGCCCACAGCCCGGAUGCAGCAUAAUGUCGGGCUUUCGCUGGCUCAAGCUAUGCUUGAAUGCACGAGUAUCUGUGCACACGAACACAUGAUCUUGCUAUCUUGA